CACCUUUUUACUUAAAAUAAGACAUCUAAAGGUUUACGAGAGUAGAAAAAUUGAAUUUUUUCUCGCUGCUAUCAGCUAUGAGAACGGAAUCAAUUUUCUGAGAAUUUAUUAAUUUAAUUUACCUGAUAUUACUUAUCAGGGAAAACUUCUAAAGAUGGGGCUAAUUUUACGUCAACAAUCAACAACGUCAACAAGGAACAGAAUCUAACCUAAAAGACAAUCCAAAGUAAAAAAUAUAAAAAGGUAAGUAUUUAAGGUGCAAAAGUCUGAAAUGUGAGAAAAUAACAGAAAGAGUGGAUUUUCCCGAGAAAAUAAAAAUGCCGCACUCCACGGAGGCUUUAUCGCCGCAAGAUAUUCUCGCAGAGGUUAGGCAAUUUAUUUCCGGAGCAGCAAGACCUUCUCAUUCCACAAAUACUGUAGAACUUACAAGAACUGGAUUAUCUCUAUUAAAAAAUGUCCCAGCAGCGAGAGAGGCUGUUCUGGAAUAUUUAUGUAAUGUAUUUUCCGUCGCUGUAAACAAACAUGUUCGGCAAAUUGAGAAUAAUCAAAAUCUGCCGAUUCCGGAAGAAAACACAAUCGUAGAAAUUCAGACAGUUUUGAGUAGUUUUAUAAGUUCUAACGCAGAAGCUUGGGCUCCGAUUAUUUCUGCCUGGUCUUUAGAUUUAUUAGGUAAAUUGUCUUCAGAUUAUGCAAAUCGAGGAAAUUUAAAAGAAAAAUCAGGGAUAAAUGAUUUCCUGCAACAGUGGAUGUCUUGUAGAACUACGAGAACUCUGAUUGAAAUCACAGCUCAGUGUCUUCAAUGUCUUAUGCACUCUGAAACAGAAUCUUGCAUCAAUGCCUUAUUAAAUACUAGCGUUUUACACAGUCCACAUUUUGACUGGGUCGUUGCUCACGUCGGAAGUUGUUUUCCAAACACAGUCAUCACCAGAGUUUUGACAUGUGGCCUCAAAGAUUUUUGCGCCAAUGUCAAAAAUCCGAAAUUAAACUCGGUCGUUGGCAUUCUUGGACAUUUGGCUGGCAGUCAUUUUCUUGAUAUCAGAACAGCGCUUCUUGAUUUAUUUAAAUGGAGUCUGGAUGAAAAUCUGAUCGUGGAUGGAGAGUCGAGAAUCCACAAAUUGGCGACUGUUCCUUUUCUUUUGAAUUUGGCAAAACUCUCGCCAAUGCUUUUGAAAGCUUUGACAACCGACGUUUUACAAAUUUUGCGACCAGAUGUGGUGCCAAGACUCGCAUUAUUUGCAAACGACUGGUGUCGAUAUUUCAGCAACAAUCCAGACGUCUUGAUAGACUCGGCAGUGGAAUUAGCACUAGGAUGCGAGCAAGGGGCGAUGCAGAUAAUAAAUAUAUUAUUGGACACGAGUUUGAGUAACAGCAAUGUCGGCUAUCACAGUGUCAAUGCUGCCCAGAGUGUCAAGAGCGUUUGUCGAGAAAUCCUGGAAUCGCUCCUGGAGAAACUGGACUUUAGGAUCAGGUCCCCGGCAGCCAAUCAAAUUCCGAAUAUUCCUCUCUUGAAUUCAAUCAAGCAAGAUCUGCUCACAGUCACGCCUCUUCUUUUGCACUCGAAUCCCUUGAAAGUGCAAACCGCCGUCAGAUUAUUGUCCCUCCUGGGGACACAAAGUCCCAAUGUUUUGAUUUCUUCGGCCACUUUUAUGCUGCAAAAUGCAGAGACGGGCUUUCAUCUGGCUGCCCUGAUAAGACUGAUUUCUGACAACGAUGUGGGCUUUGCUUCCAAAAAAUCUGACGUGAAAAAUACGCUUCUGUGUCACGGAUAUUUCACCCAGGUUGUGGAACACUCGAUCAGGGAAGUUCAGUACACGAAUGCUGGUUGUAGGGAAGUCGAGCAGUUGUUUAAAAAUUUGACGACUUUGUUGAGUUGGGAAAACUCGAAUAAAGUUUCAUGUCUGAGAUCCAGGAUGAUAACUCGGGCGAUUAGAGCUAAUUUGCACCAGAUUUCCUGCCUUUUGAUAAAAACGGAGGAGUUUUCUUUGGCGAAUGAUAUUGCCGGGAUGUUGGAUUGUCUAGGUCCUUUCGAGAGCGAUCAUUAUUUUCCAAGUGUGGAAUUAACUCUAAAAAUGACGAGGGCGAUCAUCAAAUACUUCUUCAUUUGUAUCGAAGAAGAUGACGUUAUCAACAAGGAGAAAGGCGUGAAGAUUGUUUGUCGAUUUUUAAGAGUUUUAACUUCUUAUUCGGCAUGUGCGAGAGCCUUGGCGAUUAGAGAGCUUUUGGCGAAUAGCAUGUUUAGUGAUCCGGCUAAAUUUUUCGGUGCUAAGGUGAAAUUCGAGCCUCAUGUUCAACCAACUUUUCUUCUGCAUCGGAAUCAUAAGCAGGGCACAAGUGCAAUGUUAGCUCAGAGGCAUUCUUCAGUAUUUCAUGCUGGAGUUAUCGGUCACGGUCCCAGAAAACCACCUCCGGAAAAUAAUAUCGACAAAGAAAUUAUUACUUUAAAUAGUACUUUGUUGAUGGAUGUGAUUAAGGCAUGCUGCAGUAACCCAGACCCAAUGACUGGAAAGUAUUCAGUAAAUUCCGACAUUUUGAACAUGUUAAGUUUAUUGCUGGUGGAAUUAGUUUCUCCGGAUGUUAUGUAUAAUGGACUUCCAUGGCCCGACGAAGAAUUCACAAAGGUGACGGUCGAGCGGGAUUUGCAAAUCCGAAGAAUUUUCAAGGACGCUCCAUUACUCUGGACAUUAUUGGCUCUCACUGCUUGGUACAGACCCGCCCUGGCUUAUUGUUCUGUGCUACUUCGGGGAAUUGCAGCCACAGUGAUUGCCAAUUGGAAUAAGGAGGAAGGUGUCUCACUUUCCAAUGUUAUGGCACUCGGUCAAUUACUUCCUCCCCCACUCGCGAGUAUCAGAGACAUUCUCCCAUGCCUCGAAAAUCAACAGAUCAACACGAUAAUGCGAGAAUGUGUCUGGGCCUACAUGCACGAAAACGUGCCCUCUCCAGCCUUAUUUACUCGGCCCGAGGGGGCAAAUAUCGCCUGGCGAGACACAGACAGCUCCGUGCCAAAUAUCCGUUUCACGGAAACACUGCGUCUCAUUUUGCUAGCAAAUUUUCACAAACUCGGCCCCCUCUACUCCACCCUAUUCUACAAUGAACACAAAUAGCAAAAAAAAAAAAAAAAAAA